AUGUCUGAAGCUCCAGCACUCCGCAUCGUCCCAGGCGCUCCUCCGCCGGCGCCGCUCUCCAAAACGCAAAAGAAGAAGCGCAGAGCGCAAGGAAAGGGCGAGGGAGCGCAUGAUCAAAUGGACUCUCCGCUGCUCACAAACGGCGUCAAUUCUGCCAUCGAGUCUGCGCUCGUCGACAGCGUGCCCGCGACCAAGAAUCUCAACACGGCACUCGUCACCAAACCAGAAGAAGUUGCAAACGCAGCUAUUGCAAGUGGUGCUGCAAGUGAUAUCGUCCAGGCUACAGGAAUUCUCCCUUCGCCCGUCAAAAAGACGAGCGCAGUUGUCGAACUCGUCAACAAGCGUCACAGGGCGCUCCAUAAGAAAAUUCAAAGGAUCAAGGAAUACUCUCAUAAACCCGUCGAGAGUCUGAAUGAAGACCAAAAGAAGUCUCUUGCUACCCUCCCAGCGCUUGAAGCUAGCUCCAAAGAGGUAGAGGGUGUCCGCGAGGCGAUCGAGCUUCACGAGGCAGAAGAACAUGCAAACGAGGCACGCCGCGCCGCAGAAAUCGAGGCUAUUGUCAAACAACGAAUUGCGGACGCUGUGGCAGAAGCUCGUGCGACGGCGGUUUCUCGUGCGGUCGAACUGGUCACUCUACUUCGGGAACUCCCUCGGCUAUCAACAUCCUCCGAGUGUCAAGAACUCGGCUCGGCAUUGCAAGAGACGGAUCAAAGCAAGCUCGAGACGACUGUCGGACUGUUCCUCGCUGGUCAGGGUGACUACUCGAAAGUAUCAGCUGCCCUCAAUGCUCACCUCCACCCACCCUCGCCCACCGGUACCCCCGCUCCAGAAGAACAACCCGAACCAGAGACAACAGACCCCGCUCCUGUACCGUCUGGCGUCAUCGGUGGUAUCCCGGCUUCGGCACCAGUUGGCGGUUCAUAUCACUUUAUGCAAGAAAGUGAGCUCGAACCAUCGACGCCAUUCGACGAGGGAGCCGAGUGGGUGGAACAUCCAGAGGAACAAGCUGCCGAGGAGCCAUCUCAAGCAGCCCCCGUAGAAACCCAGACCGCUACUGCUCUGGACUGGGCGGCUGAAGAUCAUGGUGACCUCCCGCCAAUCUCUGGCCUGCAAGAACACUUUGGCGCUUCUGGGCAAGCUACCCCUGUCGUUGACGCACCACCGACCGACCUCCAGGCGAGCUCUGCCGAAUGGGCUGCCGUUCCUGACGAGUAUGGUGCGAAAGAGACCAAGGAGGAUGAAUCAGACGGGUUCACCACAAUACCAUCGAAACGCGGCCACGGCGACUCGCGGGGUGGAGAUCGUUCGCGAGGGCGUGGGUACCGUGGUCGUGGUGGCGCUGGUGGCGAUUGGAGGUCUGGGUCUGGAUAUGGAUCUGGUGGAGAGGGUCAUACUGGUCGUGGUGGCUAUCGUGGUGGUGGAGAGAAUCGUGGCCGAGGCGAGUAUCGCGGCCGUCCUCGAGGAGAGUGGCGUGGUGGCCGGGGAGAAUACAGGGGCCGAGGAGAAGGAAGAGGGGAGGGACGAGGCGGCUACCGUGGUCGUCCAGCUCCAGCUCCAGCAUCCGAUGCUCAAUGA